CAUAAACUUGGAAUUUGCAAAACUAUAGGAACCAUACAAAUUAAACAUGACAGCUGAUUUUCGAAAGGGGAAGAUGGUAACAAUUUUGAGCAUCGACGGAGGGGGUAUUAGAGGAAUUAUCCCCGGGACUAUUCUAGCUUUUCUCGAAUCGAAGCUUCAGGAAUUGGACGGUCCAGAAGUAAGAAUAGCAAAUUACUUCGACAUAAUUGCUGGAACAAGUACCGGUGGUUUGGUCACCACCAUGCUUACAGCUCCCAACAAGGACACUAACAAACCUCUUUAUGCAGCAAAAGAUCUCGUCAACUUCUAUUUACAACAUGCUCCAAAGAUUUUUCCUCAAAGAAACCAUUUGUUCAGUUCAGUGGUCAAUUUAUUUGGGCAAGUUAUGGGGCCAAAGUAUGACGGGAAAUACUUGAGGUCAUUGGUAAAAGAGUUACUCGGCGACAUGACUCUUAAGCAAACAUUGACAAAUGUAGUUAUUCCCGCCUUUGACAUCAAACUUCUUCAGCCUGUGGUCUUCUCCAGCAUUGAAGCAACCUGGGAUGAGUUGAAGAAUCCAAAGUUGAUAGAUGUUUGCAUUAGUACAUCUGCAGCACCAACGUACUUGCCAACACACGAAUUUCAAACUAAGGACUCUAAGGGAAAGACACAAACGUUUAAUAUGGUCGAUGGUGGAGUUGCAGCUAACAAUCCCACGUUGACUGCCAUAACACAUGCUAUGAAAGAGAUCAAUCUCUCAAGACGAAGAAGUGAACUAUUAAAGAUCAAACCCAUGGAAACAAAGAGGAUGUUGAUCCUCUCUUUAGGCACAGGUCUAGCUAAGAAUGUUGGCAAGUAUAGUGCUAGUAAAGCUGCAAAAUGGGGUAUGCUUGAUUGGAUUUAUGACGGUGGGGCGACUCCUAUAGUUGAUAUUUUCAGUGAUGCGAGUGCCGAUAUGGUUGACUACCACAUUUCUUCUUUCUUCCAGUCCUCGAAUUCUAAAGAAAAUUAUCUCCGAAUUCAGGAGGAUGAUUUGAUUGGGGAAGUGGCAUCAGUUGAUAUUGCAACCAUGGAAAAUUUGAAGAAGUUAACAGAGGUGGGGAAAGAUUUGUUGAAGAAACCAUUGUCAAGAAUAAAUUUAGAAACUGGAGAACAUGAACCAGCUGAUGAAGAUAUCACAAAUGAAGAAGCUCUCACUGAAUUUGCCAAAAUGCUUUCUCAAGAGAGAAAGCUUAGAAUGAGCCCCUAGAAAACAUUUGUGUGUGUAAUUUGGUUUCUAAUCAUGUCUAAAAUUUAGUGUUGUUAUGCCUAUAAGAUAAUAUUUUCGUCAAAUAACAUUUUCAUCUUUGUGCUUUGGAA